AUGCCAAUCGAUAAAUCCUGGCCGGGCUACAACAAGGGGACCAUCCCCAACGACGGGUUCGAGUGGAUAUGGCAAGAGGCAAUCCCGGGCGACGAGCCCAACAGGCCUGUGAAAGUGGUCACCAUCCCAUUUGGGUACGAGAAGCGUGUGCUGCCGCGAGGAUGGCAAAAGACGCCCGAGAACAUGCCGUUGGAGCUGGAUAUCAUCUUUGAGAAAGACGUUGAGAUUGUCAUGCGAGAUGGAGUCAAGAUAUAUGCAGACAUCUACCGACCCGCCGACACGGGCGACAAGAAGAUCCCUAUCAUCAUGCCAUACUCGCCAUACGGAAAAGGAGGCGGCGGAGCGAACUUGAUGGACGUGGUGCCCUACCGGGUCGGAGUGCCAAAGAGUCGCCAGAGCGGUCUGGAGAAAUUUGAAGGUCCUGACCCCAACGAAUGGUGUCGUCGGGGCUAUGCGAUUCUUGACCCAAACGCCCGCGGAUCAUUCGACAGCGAGGGAAAUCUACAUUACUUUGGUCGCAAAGAGGGCAAUCCAGCCUUGCUGAUGAUAUUUGCAGGCGAGGAUUGUUACGACAUCAUCGAGUUCGCGGCCAAGUACGAAUGGUGCAACGGCGCCGUUGGCAUGGCUGGCAACUCGUGGCUCGGCGUCGUUCAGUACUGGGCCGCAAUGGAACAGCCGCCUCAUCUCAAAGCCAUUGCCCCAUGGGAAGGACUCAGCGACGUCUACCGUGAUCUGAGCCGGCGGGGAGGAAUCCCGUGGGCGCCUUUUUUGAAAUGGGUUCUGAUGGGUAUUCCAGGCCAUGGCCUCCAAGAAGCCGUCACCGAGAUGGGCGACGCCCAUGAAUUCUACGACACGUACUGGGAAUCGAAGCGCGUCGACUUUAGUCGCAUCAAGAUUCCCUCGUACAUCCUCGCCUCGUACUCGACCAUGCUGCACACCAUGGGCUCAGUCCGGGCGUGGAGAGAAACAGCUACGGAUAAAAAGUGGCUCCGUUUCCACCCACACCAGGAGUGGUACGAGGAUUACCACUACCGCUCUGUGGACGACUUGGACCGCUUCUUCACGCGGUAUCUCAAGGACGAGGACAAUGGGUGGGAGAACACGCCGAAAGUGCGAGUGUCGAUGUAUCGGUUUGGGGAAAAGUACCCUCUCUACGAUCAGGUCGAGACCGACUACCCGAUCCCACGCACCAAAUACACCAAGCUGUACCUCACGUCCAACAAGACCCUCGCAGACGCGCCCAGCGCAGCCGAGGCAGUGCAUUCCUACGACUCGACCAAUGGCGACAUGGUGACGUACGACUACAUCUUCCCCGAGCGGACGACGCUGGCGGGCUUCUCGAAACUUAAGAUCUUUGUGUCGUGCAAAGAACACAACGACCUGGACAUUUAUGUCAUGCUGCGCAAAUUGUCCGUCGACGGCGGACUAAUGGAGCAGUCCAAUGUGCCUCUGCAUGAACUCCCUGUCAAAUCCGUCAAGGAGGUCGCCAACGUCAACCCGACCAAGUAUCUCGGGCCAACGGGCAUCCUGCGCGCCUCGCACCGGGCGAUCGACCCGGACAAGUCGACAGAGUAUUGUCCUGUACAUCCGCACUUGCGUGCCGACUACGUCGAGCCUGGGAACGUGGUCGAGAUGAGCAUCGGCGUCUGGCCGAUGGGGAUUGUCUACGAAAAGGGCGAGGGCCUGCGGCUGCAGAUCUCGGGCAAGACCAUGGUGUUGCCCGAGUGGGAUAACCCGCACGUCAAGCACCAGGAGCCGCAGUUCAACAAGGGCCACCAUAGGGUCCACCUGGGUGGGAAGCACGCUGAAAGCUUCUUGUUAGUGCCCAAGCUGUAG